CAGGCGCGGCUUCUCUCCUUGUCAGUCGGCUCCGCGUGCGGGUUGGUGGCUCUGUGGUAGCGGCGGCGGCCCGUCUCCGGCAUCAUGAGCAGCUUCAGCAGCGAGGAGCGCGCCGCGCCCUUCACGCUCGAGUACCGCGUCUUUCUCAAAAAUGAAAAAGGACAAUAUAUAUCUCCAUUUCAUGAUAUUCCUAUUUAUGCUGACAAGGACGUGUUCCACAUGGUGGUUGAAGUACCACGCUGGUCUAACGCCAAAAUGGAGAUCGCCACAAAGGACCCUUUAAAUCCGAUUAAACAAGAUGUGAAGAAAGGGAAACUGCGCUACGUGGCCAACUUGUUCCCCUACAAGGGCUACAUCUGGAACUACGGCGCCAUCCCUCAGACUUGGGAAGACCCAGGACACAAUGACAAACACACCGGCUGUUGUGGCGACAAUGACCCAAUUGAUGUGUGUGAAAUUGGAAGCAAGGUGUGUGCGAGAGGUGAGAUAAUCCGGGUGAAAGUUCUGGGCAUAUUGGCUAUGAUCGACGAAGGGGAAACCGACUGGAAAGUCAUCGCCAUUAACAUGGAUGAUCCUGACGCGGCCAAUUACAACGAUAUAAAUGAUGUCAAACGGCUGAAACCGGGCUACCUAGAAGCUACCGUGGACUGGUUUAGAAGGUACAAGGUUCCUGAUGGAAAACCAGAAAAUGAAUUUGCCUUUAAUGCAGAAUUUAAAGAUAAGGCCUUUGCAGUUGAUAUCAUUAAAAGCACUCAUGACUAUUGGAAAGCUUUAGUGACUAAGAAGACGGAUGGAAAGGGAAUCAGCUGCAUGAAUACAACAGUGUCUGAGAGCCCCUUCAGGUGUGACCCCGAUGCGGCCAAAGCUGUUGUGGAUGCUUUGCCACCACCCUGUGACUCCGCCUGCACGAUACCAACAGAUGUGGAUAAGUGGUUCCAUCACCAGAAAAACUAACGUAGUUUCUCUGGAGCACAAGAGGAGCCUGUUGCUGCAGCCUGCUCACCUGGAAACUUCCGAGGCUCUUCAGAGGCCUGCAUUCACAGAACUCAUCCGGCUCUAGCAACCCUGCUGUGCCCCAGCCAGUGCUUUCAGAAUAUUAGCUGUCUAAAAGCGCGUUUCGUGUCUCACCUAAGAGAACUUUUAGUUACAACUGACUUAGUAGCAAAGGUGAUUCGGAAGUCGUUUGUGAAUAGAUGUGGGAGAGGAGCACGUACUGGAUGUAUAUGUUUACCAUGUGUGAAGAAAUAAAAUAAAAUUAUUUUGCCGAA